AUGACCGAUCACCAGGAGCCCGCUCGGAAGCGCUCCCGAGUCGCCUGCGUGUCAUGUCAAUCGCGCAAACGUAAAUGCUCCGGCGACCAGCCAUGCACCACCUGCUGCCAAUUCGGCGUCGACUGCCAUUAUGAUUUGUUGUCGCGCAAGAAAAAGGACGUCAGAUCGUUCCGACCACCGUCAGGCUCGGGUAGCAUUCUGGAUGAAACGAUUGCCUCCAAGCCUCAGGACCAGGCCCAGGCCCCAGCGGUCCCUGGAGUUGAUCUCAGCUCGCUGGAAGCCAAUUCCGGCGCGGCCUUCGUGCGGAGAUUAGGACUGAAGAUCGACCCGGCCAAUGCGCCCCGACUUCAUAUGUUUGCCUGGAACGUCGGGGCGCGCCAUCCGCCGCCACCGUCGAUGCCUCCCUCGUCAUCGCCUGUGGCGGUCCCCGUGACGGAAACGCUAUCCCAGGAUGAGAUGCGAGCUCUAGUGGCCACCUUCUUCGAGAAGGUCGAUCCGUGCUACGGGUUUCUCGAUCGCGACAGCAUCCUCCGGCAAGUGAGUUGCCGAUGGCUGCCUCCGUCCCACGAGUCCGCCUUGCCCUAUGGACCGUACGAUGCGGUGCUCUGCGGCGUCGCAGCGUUCGGCUACCUCUUCUCCCGCCGCCAGGCCGUUCCCGCAGAGCUGCAGCUGGUUGACACCGCGCGGCUCAUCCUUGAGCACCAUCUUCUCUCGGAGACCUCGUCCGUUGAGAUCGUCACCGGCAUGGUGCUCCGCGUCGGCUACCUGCGCAUGACCGCCACGCCACACGCCGCCUGGAUGGCCAGCUGCUCUCUCAUGCACCUCGUCGAGGCCAGUGGCCUGCACCUCGAGCAACUCCCAGACGCCGCCACCACCGUCCUGGGACCGUCGCCGGAACACUGCGAUCCAGAAACCCGCCGCCGGCUCUACGGCAUGGCACGACAUCUCAACGUCUGGAUCUCCUUCGAGCUUGGACGCACGCGAGUCGUCCUGCACGGGGCGACCUCCCUCUCACCCACCCCGCGACCCACAGACUACACAACAGAGAUACUCAACCUCCUCCCCCUCUCAGAGAGUCUCGACCCCAACAAAUCCCCUGACACAUCGGAGCUCGAAACCGCGCUCUCCAACGUCCUCGACGACAUUCACAUCCAACCCUCCUUAAUCCUCGCUCAAUGCAACCUAAUGCUCUGCAUUUACCGCCGCCUACGAGCCCUCAACUCUAUCAUCUCCGGGAAACUACUCGACCGCGUACUCAGCCUCGCGGGGAAAGGCCUCCGCGCCACGCGCGACAUGGUCGCAGCAAUCAGUCCCUGGCAUCAGGUCGCUAACGUGCCGUUCCAGAUCGUCUGUACGUUGCUGGCGAUCGAUAAUCGGGCCUCGUUGGCGCUGCUGAACGAGGCUAUGCGCACUCUUCGUGAGGUCGCCACGGCGUAUGAUACGGCUGUUAUGCGCGAGGCCCAUAGCACGGCGUACUUGCUUGUUCUGUUGCAUCAGCAACGGAAAGAGGAAGAUACUAGGGCGUUGCGUGAUGUUCUGAAUACUAACUCUUCUUCCUCCGCUGCGGUGCCGCAGUUCUCUGCUCAGACUGCGGAGAAUCAGCAGCGUCAGCAACAGCCACUUGCAACGGGGACAACGACAGCUACAGCAACAGGGACAGGCACGGGCACAGGCACAGGAACAACUGAAUCCACACAUUCCCUAGCCGACUAUCCCGGAUUCUCAUGGCUAAGCGAUAUCUUAAUUGACAUCCCUGGUCUACAACAAGUCGAUCUGGAUAAUUUUCUAUCGACUGAUCUACCGGGCCAGGGACAGGAACAGACACAGACACAGCAGGACCUCGUAUGA